ACAGGAAAGUGAAGAAGACAAACGGACACCAACAAAACAUGGCGUCUGUGAAGAAUUGGUGGGACGAAUGAAUGCAAACUAUUUGGCAUUUUACAGAAAUAUUGUCAUAGGUUCAGUGUAUUAUCGAAGAAGAGAUGGACAACACAUAUCACCACGCUCCGCCAGAUAAACAGCAGUCUUCCGUCUAUAAUGGCGGCUAUCCGGAGACACCGUACGCCGCUAACAGAGCACCGCCGAGCGGCGCGGCUCAUGGACCGACACAGCCGGACCACACCGCUUCACGGUGGACACCUUCACUGGGAUAUGACGGUAACCAGUACGGAUUAAGGUGCGAUUUCCCCGCACCGUCUCCAGGAGCAGGAGGGUUCGGGGGGCCCUGCUUGCCCCCUCCGUAUGGAUUUGAUCCCUCCGUCCCCCCGCCUCCUUUCGGCUGUCCACCACCCGGACACUUCUCUAUCGUGGCGCCAGCCGCUCCGCUCAACGCAUACAGCAGCAGGGAAGCCUCGACCUUCCAAACAUUUACCCAGCAGUUCAGACCCGGGCCUCAGACUGUGCCGUACAACUUGGACUCCAACCAGAAACAACAGCAUGGAUACGAGGAUUUCUCAGAGAGUGGAGCCCCGUUCGGCUGCCCGCUAUUUCCCGUUAAAGACCACGACAGGGGUCCGGGAACAACAACAACAACACGAGCUGAGGAUGAAACCUCACUUCAGAGGAGACGGGAUCAACAGUGGCUCAGGCGUUUCUUACAAAGCAAGGACAGAACCUCCAAGGUCCCACCACAGACCCAGCGUCAGCAACACGGCGCUGUCCCGGACCUGAGACGGGCUCUGUACCGGGCAGCUCAGCUCGUCGCCCAGCUGGCUGAGUCCUGUGAAGCUCUGAGGACCAACGUGGACAACCACUGUGUUUGGACAGACUCUUACUUAAUGGCUUUAAACGUGAAGACAGAGCUACAGGACAAACUCGGAGUUCUCAGUGACAGGGAGACUUUAGACAGCUGGAAAGCUAAAUUGGCCCGUGUUGCUAAGAGGAGGGCCCGGCGCCUGAGAGCCAGGAGGGUGCAGCUGAUGGAGGAAGCGCAGAGAGAGGAGCGCAUCUCCGAGAAAGAGGCUGCCAUAGACAAGUGGAGGACGCAGCAGAUCCAGCGAGUGGAGGAGAAGAAGAAGGAGCAGGAGCUGAAACUGGCUGCAGACGCUGUUCUCUGUGAGGUGAGGAAGAAGCAGGCCGACGUGAAGAGGAUGCAGGACAUCCUCAGAUCUCUGGAGAAAUUGCGCAGACUGAGGAAAGAGGCGGCAUCGAGGAAAGGUAUUGUCACUGAGCGGGACUGUGACGAGGACUUCAGCAGCCGGCUGGAGCAGCUGCGGCGGGUGAUGAAGAAGAGGACAGCGGUUUACUCGGCAGAGGAGAAAGCGCUGAUGGUGAUGCUGGAAGGAGAGCAGGAGGAGGAGAGGAGGAGGGAGCGGGAGAAGCGGGUGAAGAAGGAGAGGGAGAGACAGCUGCAGAGGAAACUGCGAGUGGACGCCAUGCUGUUUGGAGAUGAGCCUCCUGCUGAUUCUGCUCUGCAGCCCUUCAGAGAAUAUUACACUCAGGCCGAGCGCUCGCUGCACGCUUUACUUCAAAUCAGGAGAGGGUGGGAUGUGUUUGUGGUUGCAGCGGAUCAUCCUGACGGUUCUCCAGUUCCUCAGAGCUGGAUCCUGCCAGAGGCCCCGUCGGACCAGGCCUGGGCCUCUGCCCUGCAAACUGCUGACACUGAGCCAGAUGUCAGCUAGAGCCUGACGUCCAACACUCUCUGACUGAAAAGUGAAGCAACACCAAGUUAAUGGUGUUGGUAAAAGUUUAAAACCACUCAUCUUUUUCAUCUGAACAGUCAGAGCUGUCGGACUGUAGAACUGUUUGUCAGAUAAUAUAUGAUACAGUGAUGAAGGAGAAGAAGAAAGCUUCUGUUCUGCUGUAUUUACUUUUGAAAAUGUUCUUAUUUCUGGUCUCUGUUAAUGGAUUUGAUGUGUUUUGUACCUCAGGAAUAAUAAAUGCUUUGGGCAGGAUUUCUUUUUGCUAUUUUAAUUUCUGAAAAAAAUAAAACACAAAAACAAAUUGUAUUACCAA